GGAUCCAGGGCUCCCAACACAGAUCCAGGCCCCCCAACACGGAUCCAGGCCCCCCAACACGGAUCCAGGGACUCCCAACACGGAUCCAGGGACUCCCAGCACGGAUCCAGGGACUCCCAGCACGGAUCCAGGGCUCCCAACACGGAUCCAGGGAUUCCCAACACGGAUCCAGGGACUCCCAACACGGAUCCAGGGACUCCCAACACGGAUCCAGGACUCCCAACACGGAUCCAGGGCCCCCAACACGGAUCCAGGGAUUCCCAACACGGAUCCAGGGAUUCCCAACACGGAUCCAGGGACUCCCAACACGGAUCCAGGCCCCCAACACGGAUCCAGGGACUCCCAACACGGAUCCAGGGCCCCCAACACGGAUCCAGGGACUCCCAACACGGAUCCAGGGAUUCCCAACACGGAUCCAGGGCUCCCAACACGGAUCCAGGGAUUCCCAAAAGGGAUCCAGGGCUCCCAACACGGAUCCAGGGCCCCCCAACGUGGAUCCAGGGACUCCCAACAUGGAUCCAGGGACUCCCAACACGGAUCCAGGGAUUCCCAACACGGAUCCAGGGACUCCCAACACGGAUCCAGGGAUUCCCAACACGGAUCCAGGGAUUCCCAACACGGAUCCAGGGCUCCCAACACGGAUCCAGGGAUUCCCAAAAGGGAUCCAGGGCUCCCAACAUGGAUCCAGGGCUCCCAACAGGGAUCCAGGCCCCCCAACACGGAUCCAGGGCCCCCAACACGGAUCCAGGACUCCCAACACGGAUCCAGGGAUUCCCAACACGGAUCCAGGGGCUCCCAACACGGAUCCAGGGACUCCCAACACGGAUCCAGGGACUCCCAACACGGAUCCAGGGCCCCCAACACGGAUCCAGGGCCCCCAACACGGAUCCAGGCCCCCCAACACGGAUCCAGGCCCCCCAAAACGGAUCCAG